AUGAGAGAGACAGACGCCGGUGCUUGUGGCCGAAAAAUCAGUGCAGCUGGUGCCGAGUUGCCCUUGGAGUGGCGAAGGCAUGGUUUGAUCAUGGCGUUGCUUGUCUUUCCGCUGAUUAAGUUCCUGGUCAAAAGAGGCUUAGCUGGAGGCACCGUCUAUGUGGUCUAUGACCAAGAUCUGCUAAGCAGAGACAAGGAAGGAGCCUGUGCCCCCCAGAAAACCCAACAAGCCCUCCCUCUGGCACUGGAUGAAUGGAUGAAAUAUUUCGGAUGGCAUCUUCCAGCCAUUCCCAAAACCGAAUUUUCUCUCUGCAAUGCCGGGAAUUCAGGGGUCCGGACAGUCAUAGGCGCUUACUCCGUGGCUCUCACCCAGGCCAAUGAGUAUACCCAGCAUGGUUGGAAAUAUGUGAAGUAUCUUGUCAAGUGA